AUGCCUGCCCUUCUCUCAGUUCUCGGUCUUGGUUCUCCAAGGAACCACCAGUCCUCUCACUACCUCGACAACAACACGAACCCGGAUAUCCUUGCCGAAAAACUAGACACCAUGGGUAGCGCAAACAUCACCAAGGCGCAAAUGAUCGCUCUAAGCAUUCUCGAUACACACAAGCAACUCAAGAAGCUACCGACCUACCAACCAGGAGAAGAAAUCAACCGCUUACUGGGGAACCUCGUCCACACAUGCGUCCAGAUCCACCCUCCAAGCGUAAUCCAGCAGAUCCUCAACUUCCCCGGCCUCCAACAAAUCCUCUCCUCGCUACGCACCAUCUGCUCCGAAGCCGAAUCUUGUCUGGAAACCCACUGGGCCGAACACACCCUCGCCCUCGCCGCCCACCAAGGCCACGAAACCGUCCUCAAGGCUCUCCAAACUGACUUUCCUUAUUUCCAAAACUACAUUGACCUCGCGCGCCUCGAACUUUCCGCCAUUCGCGCCGCUUUACCUCCCAACAAUACCGCACCCCUCAAGAAAAUCACCUUCAUCGGCUCCGGUCCACUUCCGCUUACUUCGUGGUGUCUCCUUGACGAAAUCCGCAAGACUUCUAGUCCCAACGACACGAUCCCAAUAAUCUGCAACAUCGACAUGUCCCCCACAGCUAUCGACGUCUCCUCGCAACUAAACGGUGCGUUGGGCCCCUGGGGCGAAGGGAUGAAGUUCCUUUGCGGCGAGGCGGGUUCUUCGUCUAUUAGUCUGGAAGACUCAGACGUCGUCUACAUUGCUGCGCUCGUGGGGCUGUCGCAGGAAGAUAAGGAGGAGAUUUUCUUGAAGGUCGUCAGGACCAUGAGGCCUGGUGCGCUGCUAGUGGUGAGGAGCGCGUGGGGGCUGAGAACCUGCUUGUACCCGGAGGUGAACGUCACGACGGAGAGGCUGUUGGGGGUAUUGGAGUGUUGUGCAGUGGUGCAUCCGUUUACGGAUGUGGUGAAUAGUGUGGUUGUUGCUAGGGUUAGGGGUUGA